AGAGAGAGAGAGAGAGAGAGAGAGGGAGAGAGACCUAGCGCUUCAUCUCCAAUGAGCAUCAUCAUCCUCCUCAACGUCAGACUGAUCUAUGAACAGAGAUCAUCACACAACGAUCCGCGGCUUGGUUUCAGGCCCAGCUGCAGAAACCCUCAUCAUGACUAAAGAGGAGGAAAACCUGGAGACGCAGGAGAAGGAGAGACAUGAGAGAGAGGAGCAGGAGGAGGGCAAGGCUCAGCGAGAGGAGGAGGAAGCUCUAACUGAAGAGGAGGGGGAAGAAGAAGAGGAAGAGGAUGAAGAAAGAGAGGAGGAAGAAUAUGAACUACAGGAGAACAGGGCAGAAGUAGAGGAAGAGGAGGAGGACGAGGAUGAGCCAGAGGAGGAGGAACAGGACGACAGAGAGGAGAGGGAGGACGAGGAGACUCCCCUAGUGGAACCAGAACCAGAGGUGGAGCCAGAGGUGGAGCCUCUGUCAGUGUCCCAGUUUCAAAGCCCAGUUCAUGAACCACGUCGCCGUGCAAUGGUCCAUCCCUCCGCCCAGGCACCGUUGCCCAAGGACUACGCCUUCACCUUCUUUGACCCCAAUGACCCUGCCUGUUUGGAGAUCCUCAUAGAUCCUCGCACCACCAUACCAGAGCUGUUUGCCAUUGUGCGUCAGUGGGUUCCCCAGGUGCAGCACAAGAUCGACAUCAUCGGGAAUGAGAUUCUGAAGCGUGGUUGCCACGUGAACGACCGUGACGGUUUGACUGAUAUGACGCUGCUUCACUACAGCUGUAAAGCUGGAGCACACGGAGUCGGUGAUCCAGCAGCAGCGCUGCGUCUCAGCAGUCAGCUGAUCUCACUGGGUGCUGAUGUGAGUCUGAGAAGUCGCUGGACCCACAUGAAUGCUCUGCACUACGCCGCCUACUUUGACGUCCCAGAACUGAUCCGAGUCCUGCUCAAAGCAGCUCAACCCAGAGUGAUGAACUCCACCUGCAGUGACUUCCACUACGGUACAGCUCUGCACAUCGCUGCCUCCAACCUGUGCCUGGGUGCAGUCAAGUGUCUGUUAGAGCACGGAGCCAACCCUACAGUUAGGAAUGAUAAAGGUCAGGUUCCAGGGGAGGUGGUCCCUGACCCCAUGGACAUGAGUCUGGACAAGGCCGAGGCUGCCAUGGUUGCCAAAGAGCUGAAGCAGCUGCUGUUGGAUGCUGUUCCCCUGAGCUGCAACCUUCCAAAGGCCACGCUCCCAAACUACGACAACAUCCCAGGAAACAUGAUGCUGACCUCACUGGGGCUGAAGCUGGGGGACCGUGUGGUGCUGGACGACAUGAAGCUCCAGAGAGACCAGAGCAAGGAUGACAUCCCACCUGAAAACCUCAGACAGACCGGUACGCUGAGGUUCUGUGGUACCACAGAGUUUGCCAGUGGCCAGUGGGUCGGCGUGGAGCUCGACGAGCCAGAGGGAAAGAACGACGGCAGUGUGGGAGGUGUCCGCUACUUCAUCUGCCCCCCUAAACUAGGGAUUUUUGCUCCAGUGUCAAAGAUUUCCAAAGGUGUUGAUCAGACAGUCUCCUCCGUCACCUCCACCCCACGAACUCCUCGCAUGGACCUGGCCUCCCGCCUCGCUGGAAAGACCAAGAAGGAGAAGGAGAAGAAGGAGAAGGAGAGACAGAAAGCUGAGAGGAAGAAGUCGUCAGUAGCCAGUCUGGAUCCAGAAGGACUGAACGCAGAGGUUGGAGAUCAGGUUCUAGUGGCUGGACAGAAACAUGGCAUCGUCCGAUACUACGGCAAAACGGACUUCGCUCCAGGAUACUGGUUUGGUGUCGAGUUAGACCAGCCCACAGGCAAACACGACGGUUCUGUGUUCGGGGUUCGUUACUUCAGCUGUCUGCCCAAAUAUGGAGUCUUUGCUCCGCCCUCUCGUGUCCAGAGAAUCGGAGGUCCUAAAGACGGCUCACGCAACGACAACCCCCUGGUGAAGAAGGUCCACCAAGUCACCAUGUCACAGCCCAAGCGUAACUUCAACACCAUGCGUUCUCCUAAAGACCUGACGUCUGAGAGCUCCAUAUCCAGGUUGCUGUUCUGUUGUUGGUUUCCGUGGAUGCUCCGUGCAGAGAUGCAGUCUUAACUGCCCCACCACCUGACGGAUGCUCAGACUUCUUCGUGCUUUACUUUCUGAUCCCUGUCCGACUCCCGGUCUUAGUCUCAGUCUUCAGUCUCAGAGUGAAGACCUGGGUCUUCUCUGUCUCCGUCUCGCUCCACCCACUUCCUUCUCAUUCACACCACAUUCACACCAUCUCCUGUUAAAUCUAGUGCCUUGUAUCUGAUCCAAAUGUUUUCUUUUAACCAAACUGAAUCAGCCCUGCAGUCAGAACCCUAGACAACAUCCUCACAUCAACAGUUAACAACUCGUCUUUAACUGUCAGAUUAUACAGUCAGAAAAUUAAAACACAGCAGAUUCAUAGACAGGGUCCCAGGUUUCUCGUGGUCCUCAAAAGCAACAGGUCAACCAGGAAGUGAUGUCACUAACUGGGUAAUUGAUGGGUGAGGUUGGAUUGAGGGGCAUGUUGAACAGCAUGAUUUGUUAGAUAAAAGCUGCAGGUGGUCGACUGGAGGACGAGAACACGUUAAGGUUUUAACCUAGGAAUAAACAGAUUAUAGUCACCUUCUUAAAUGAUUAUAGAUUAUAGAUUAUCAUAGAGCUGCAGCUGUGGUCUGUCACUAAACUGCUUACAGAUGUAAAAAUCAAAUUAAUGAUGAAAAAAAGUGUCUCAACUCUAAUCGUAUUUUUUAAACUUAAAUAUAUAUAGGUUUAUAGAUAAACACUUUAUUGAUGAUCAGACACAAUCUGUCAUCAAACAUUUACUUCAACAGUUUUCUUUGUUUCCUCUCACACAUUUAAACAUGAGGUCAGCUCUGUUAUCAAAGGUCAGCUCUGUUAUCAAAGGUCAAGUCUGUCCAGGCUUCAUUUGAUGCUUUAGGAAUCAGAAAUACCUUCACACACACAUACAUACACUUUUGAAAUGUCCAAAGGACUGGGCCAGUCCUGAUCCUAAUCCUGUCUCCAGGGUUUCCUCUCUUUCUUCUUUCCUCCUCCUCUUCCUCCUCUUCCUCUCUGAACCCCCAUCAUUAAACUUCUGUAAUUCUGUGAAUGUAAGGAUCUGUGAAAAGAUGUAAAAAAAGGUGUAGAUGACCUGCUAAACCUGUGUGUGUGUGUGUGUGUGUGUGAGAGAACAGUCACAGUCCAGGUGUGGACACGGACACACACAUCAUCGUCUUUUAUGGUGACAUUAACUCUGAUCCUGUAUCUUAAAAAUGUCACUUUCUUAAUUUAUUUUUUUAUGAACAUGUUUUUUUUUCUUUGUGUUGUUUCACCAACUCCAGUUCUUAAUCUGGAAUGAGUUAGUUGUGGAACCUGAGCUUUGACAUUUGCCAUGACUUUGACCUUUCGACUUCUUUAACUGAUCAGGUCUCUGUCACGUCUAAUUCGUGCAUUAAAACAACAGUUGGUUUAAAAACAGGACAAAUCCUGACGACGUGCAGACCACACAGUCCGUAGCCUCUUGUAUUCUCACUAGUUUCUGCUCACAUCAGCUGAACCACAGAGACAAACAGCACCUCCUAAUGGACUGAGGCGGAUUCACCUACUGUGAAUCACAGUCAACACUUUAAAACUCAGUCUGUUGUGAGACAGCAUUGACGUCAGUGGGCAGCGACGCAUCACCUUGUACAGUAAACGCAGCGUACAGUCA